UAAAAGAGCCCAGUGUACUGUGUCUUCUUCCACCUCGCUCCCCAUUCCCAAACCCCAUCUCCUCAAUUUUUUUUUUUUUUAUUUUUUUGCUGUUUCCAAUCGCCAUGAGACCACCUUUGUUGCUCCUUGUUCUUUCCCUCACCUUCUUCUUCCGCAGGACUUUUUCUAAGUCAAGUGAAGACUGGGGGCUUGCGAAGUUGCCGCCAAGAGGGUGGAAUUCUUAUGAUUCCUUUUCAUGGGUUGUUGAUGAAGCUGCUUUCCUGUACAAUGCUGAGGUUGUGGCUCAAAGACUACUACCUUAUGGCUAUGAGUAUGUUGUGGUGGACUUCCUCUGGUAUCGAAAGAAUGUGGAUGGAGCGUAUGUAGAUUCUUAUGGUUAUGACUCCAUUGACGAAUGGGGGCGGCCUUUUCCCGACCCUGAGAGAUGGCCAUCCUCAAAAGGUGGCAAAGGUUUUUCUAAGGUGGCGCAGAGGGUUCAUGAUAUGGGGUUGAAAUUCGGCAUUCAUUUGAUGAGAGGGAUAAGUACACAGGCUGUCAAUGCGAAUACGCCUAUCUUAGAUGUUCAUACGGGACGUGCUUAUAAGGAGGCUGGUCGACACUGGCGGGCAAAUGAAAUAGGCCUGAAGCAUAGGACUUGUGCAUGGAUGCAACAUGGAUUUAUGAGUGUUGACACCGAUUUAGGAGCUGGAAGAGCAUUCUUAAGAUCUCUAUAUCAACAACUAGCUGAAUGGGGUGUUGACUUUGUGAAACUUGAUUGUGUCUUUGGAGAUGACAUAGAUACGAAAGAAAUAAUUACCGUCUCAGAGCUUCUAGAAGAGAUUGAUCGCCCGGUGGUGUUCUCUCUUUCUCCUGGAACUAGUGUGACUCCUUCCAUGGCAAAGGGCAUCAGUAGUUACGUAAACAUGUAUAGGAUAACCGCAGAUGAUUGGGAUACGUGGCCUGAUGUUACAACCCACUUUAACAUAUCAAGGGACUUUGCUGCUGCCAAGAAAAUUGGUGCUAAGGGGCUUCGUGGAAGGUCGUGGCCUGACUUAGACAUGCUGCCACUAGGGUGGCUUACUGAUCCAGGUGUACGACAAGGCCCUCAUAGGAAAUGCAACCUAACUCUUGAUGAGCAGAGAACCCAGAUGACACUAUGGUCGAUGGCUAAAUCUCCCCUCAUGUUUGGAGGAGAUCUGAGACACAUCGAUCAGGCUACAUUCAGACUCAUUACAAACCCUACAUUAUUGGAGAUAAAUUCUUAUAGUGAUAACAAUAAGGAGUUUCCCUAUGUUUUCUCAACGGAGAAUCAAAGGCGUGAAAUCCAUUCUCUUCAGAAGAUGGAGAAUCAGGCCAAUUCAUACAUACGUGAGGAGACAGUACUUGGACUAGUCAGCUGCAAUGAUGAAAAAGCUAAAGGCUGGUUUGUUGCCUCUCACGAUGGAAACUCGGACUAUAUGUGUUGGAAUCAUGACGUGAGAAGAAGUGAUAGUCUUCCAUAUUGUGUAGCAAAGAAGAAGCCUCUUUUGUCGUCGUAUGAAGAUACUACACGCAUUUGGCAAUACCAAGAAAAGUUUCAACUAGUAGCUAAUGAGACUACGGAUGCUUGUUUUCACGGGUCUGUGAAUAAAAAGCAUACAGCAUCAGCAGAGCGAAGCACAUUGGUAUCUGAUUGCUGGUGGCAUGCCAACCAGGUGUGGAGGUUAAAUGAUAAUGGAACCCUUGAAAACAGCUACUCAAGCUUGUGUGCAACGGUGCGCUCCAAGAAAGGGAGCUUCAUCACUACAGGAAUCCGUUCUUGGAUCGCGACUGGAAGAAGAGGAGAAAUAUACCUUUCAUUUUUCAACCUCAAUCCGGUGAGCACAGUAAUAAGCGCGAGAAUAUCGGACUUGAGGAAGGUUCUCGAUAGCAGCUUCUUCCGCAGGGGUUCGUGUAGCGGUAAAGAGGUUUGGAGCGGAGAGAGCCACAGCCUCGUAAAAACUAAGCUGUCGGUGACGGUUAAGAAGCAUGCUGCAGUGCUGUUUGUUCUGAACUGUUGAGAGACCCAAUAUUUGCUAUGAACUUGCAUCAUUUUAUUUAUUUUUUCAUUCAGAUCUUAGUUUUGGUAGAUUAGUUGCUUGGUCCUAGAAUAUGUUUAGAAGCAAUAGAUUCCUAGAAUUAGUGAAAAGGCUCACCACCCAUGAAGAGCAAAUCUUUCACCAUUGAAGGAUAAUUGAUGAAUACACAUGGGAGUAGUCUUUUUUUAUUUAUUUAUUCUUUUCUCUCUAAGAAGUAAAAAACUUCUCUGCAACUGUCGAACUGGACUCUUGUGAACCAGUAAGAUUUUGGGGAAGUGAUUAUUUUCUCUUGAGAUUUUUAUUUUUAAGACAA